AUGGAGGUAAGCAUUCGAUACCCAAAGCCAAGAACAUUGGUGCUGAUGGGACAUUCCUUCAUAAGAAGGCUCGGUGCAUUCAUGAACAAUGUGCAACAUUAUGCUAAUUUACGUCUUCAGAAAGAUAGUUUUGAAGUGUUAAUUCGUGCUAGGGGCGGUCUCAAGACUUACGAGCUGGCCAAUUCCAGGGAACUACUAGACUUUCAAAGUAUCCACAUCGAUAACGGUAUUUGUUACAAACAGAUCGGUGGAAAUGACUUUACAGAUCCACAGGCAACACCACGCGACGUUGCUCGGCAAAUCAUGGCAUUGACACACUUUUUACUGGUAACAAAUAACUUCUCCUAUGUAAUUAUUGGACAAUUGCUACGCAGACAUCCAUCAAAAGUAGGAAGUCAUUUCAAUACCAAAGUGAUUGACACCAAUAAACUUCUGCAUGACCAAUAUCACUCCUCAAACAGUAACCUCAUAUUUUGGCACCACCGUGGCUUCUGGAACCCAGACAUGAAAUACCUAGCACGUGACGGGAUUCACAUAAAAGACAGUUACCAUGGCCACCGGUUCAUGAGCAAGUACUUGCAAAGUGUUAAAAGUGUUGUCCUCCAUGCCUCCCAUUUCGAGAGACGGAAUAAGAUGCCACCAAAGAAAAGGAAAACUGUGACGACCAAUCCAAACCCACAAAGGAAGAAGAGGUUACACACUCAAACAUCUCCUGUGGCAUCUCCCCCUUGUGAUGUUGUUGAUGCCCAUCAUUACCUCCAGUAA